AUGGACCCGAACCAGCUUCCUCAGGCCAACGCCGGCCACAAAAGAAAAGCCGAGGCGCAGCAGGACAAUGAGCGCCUAUCCAAAAGGUUGAGUCUUUUAAAUAUAGAACACGAUGGAACCAAGCUCUACGUACCCGUCGAGAGCCCGCCACGUCCGUCAAAACCGCAGACGAUGGACGGCGACGACGACGCCAUGCGCCUAGACGACAGCAAGCACAAAGUAUACAUUUAUAAUAUAGACGAGGAGCUCGCCGAUGACAGCGAGCCAGACGACGCCAAGCUCGUCUUCCUCCCCGACAUUGAGAAGCGCCUGCGGGAGACGCGAAUACCGCCGCAGAUCCUGGCCAACGGCGACGGCGAGCUGGCGGGCAUGCAGCUCGUGCUGUACAGCGACCCCAAGUCGCUGUCGGUGCCUGAGAGUAAGGAUGGCGUGCGCAAGGCCAUUAUUGAGACUCGGCGCCGGAUUCGGGCGCGCCAAGCCGGCGCCGAAGACGACGGCGAAGAGACCUACGGGCACACUACCACGGCCGACACGAAUGCAACUGAAAUGACAGAACAAGAUGGAGGGGAUGAUAUAGCAAUGGAUAUAGAUUAA